AGAUUCUAACCAAACCCAACCAAGUCAAGGUUCGAUUUGGUUGGUUUUGCUCUCCCAACACAUACAUUUUCUCUCUCCUACUCCACUUAUUCAGACAAAUAACCCUUGAUCUUACAAUUUCCCCCAAAUUUCUUCGAUCCGCCAUUAAUAAAUUCUCUGUUAUUAUCCCCAAAUCGCAAAAUCUACAAUGUCACAAGGCUAUUCAAUCGAACUUUACUUCGAUCCAGCCCUAGAAAACCAAAUCCUCAAAGCUUGGAACGUCUUAGCUCGUCGCCAAAUCAGUACCCAGCUUAUAGAAAUCGAAUCCCGGCCCCACAUAACCCUUUUCUCAUCGCCAUUUUUGGAGCCAUCAAAAGUUGAACCUUUAAUCAAGUCAUUUGCAGCAAAACAAGAACCCUUACUCCUGAAUUUCUCCUCAAUUGGGUCACUCCCAAAUGAGGGUAACCUCCUUUUUCUCUCUCCUACCCCUACAUUGUCUCUCCUCCAAUUCCAUUCCCAGCUCUGUGAUCUGCUGAAGAAAGAAGGGGUUGAAAUUGGGGAAGAUUAUCGAGUCGAUUCGUGGGUGCCCGUCUGCCCGGUUGCGCAGGAGGUGCCGAAGAAUCGAAUGGCCGAAGCGUUUAGUGUGCUGAGGGAUUUGAAGUUGCCUAUUGGUGGGUAUGCUAUGGAUAUUGGGUUAGUUGAGUUUUCACCGGUGCGGGAGUUUUUCUCUUUUAUUCUUGGCAACACUUUAGAUGGGUAAAAUGUUUGUUUUGAUUUGAUUUUCACUUAGUACUAGCAGUUUUUAGAUGUUUAAUUGUGUUUUGUAUGGAAAAUGUUGGUAUUUAUUAUAUAAAAAUAUAUAGUUUGGAAGUCAAUCGAAGUCGUAUUUGUAGAAAACUGGUUGUAGAUUAAUAUGAAUUGUUGCUUGUUUUGAUCA